UCGCUCACUCCCUCGUUCGCUCGCCCGCCCCGCACCUCUUCUCCUUCUCCUUCUUCCACUUCCACUCGAGCCAGCGAGCAAAGCAGUACGCCGAGCGGAACACCGUCGGACCCCGCUUACGCUUUUGCUGCAAAGCUCGCUGAGGAUCGUUAUCAUAAUAAUUAUUAUUACCGAACUGAGCUGCGUAGAAAAAAAAACUGGCGCAACUAUGCGCCACACUCUCUUUCGCGACUCCUAUUUAUGACGAUAACCACGACUUUUCCCUUUCUAUUUGCUUUUCUUGGCGCUCCUCUGGAUGCAAACACCUGACAACCACCCCACCGAAUGUACUCUUUAAGGUGACUCCAUGAGCCAGCGAUGGAGACCAAAAGAUACCAAAGUCUCUUUGAGGGGAGCGAUACAGAGAACAGGUGGUCUCAGAUCCCCAGUACCAUGGAGUUCGGCUGUACCGCCGAGGACUCCAGCCUGGACAUGGCGAAUGUCGCCGACCCAAAAGUGGGCGGCGCCAAGAAGCCGCAGCAGCCGGUGCUUCGUCCUGGGCCGAACCAACACUUCGGCCCGCCACACAUCAGCAACUGCUCCUUGCAUGGUGCCAAACCGGAAAUGGACUCCAAGGAGCUUUCCAAAACCGUGGCCGAGUCCAUGGGCCUUUACAUGAAUGCUGCCAGGGAGGCGGACUUUGCCUUCGGCCAGCACGGGGGCUCGUCCAGCCCUGGGAAAACGCACUACCCGGUAUGCGGGCGCUCUCUCGGGGACAGCCAGCGUGGCUCGGCCAGGAGCCCCAAGCUGAAAAGGUUUGCGUUCCCGCCGCCAAGCGGAGGAGACGGCACCGUCGGCGCCCCGGCGAGCUCCGCUUCCAUGCUACUAGCCUCGUCGCUGUCCGGCAGCCCGCAGACUUCCAGCCCGGGCGGCGGUAACAACCUGGUGUCGUCGACCACCACCAGCCCCCCGGCGGGUUUCGGCCCGGCGUGCUCGCCUGUAAGCCAUGCGGCCCUGUCCGGAGCCAGGCGCAGGAAUCCAUCGGCGUGCAGCCCUGUGGAGUCGAGCACGGUGGGCUCGCCGCCCCUGCUGAGGUCCCCCAUGUCCAGCCCUCGGAGUAUGACGAGCGUGAGGUCCCCGCAGACCUGCAGCGUCAUGUCCUCCGCUUCCAGCCCCGCUGCCGUCCGCCCCCCCGCCUGCAGUCCGGCCAUGGCCAUCGGAAGUCCGCAGAACCCUUCCUCCGGAGGCUUCCCGGCGCCCAGUCCGACCGGCGAACUGGGUUUGGCGCGGAGUGACACCCGUAGCCCCGAGGCCACGGCUCUGACCGACGAGCUGGACUUCAAGCCCUUUGAGUUCCCCAAGGUGGAGAUGGUGGAUGGCGAGGUGUUCAACGUGGGUUUGGACCAGAUGGGCAUGGUGAAGUACAUCAAGAACGAGCCCGGGACUGAUUUUCGGAGCAUGUGCUCGGGCGGCUCCAAAUGCAACACCUCCAAUGCGCCGUUUAUCACGCAAAUCAAGAACGAACCCGACAAAAGCGACGGGUGCAUGAACGCGCAGUCCUACGGCGAAGAGUCUCCGCCGCUUGGCCUCUUCCCGGCAUCCGAGACCACCUACUUGUCCCUGAGGAAUAACGUUGACGAAUACAGCCUCUCCGGAAUCUUAGGACCGCCGGUGUCCCUCAACGGGAGUUACGACGCCGACGUGUUCGCCAAUGACGUCCUGUCCAAAGGGGUGAAGCAAGAGUCCAGUGAUGGCGACUACUACCAGGAGAGCAACGGCGUGCCCGCCUCGGCCAUUGUCGGAGUUAAUUCCAGCGGACACUCAUUCCAUUAUCAGAUUGGCACGCAGGGAACAAUGUCCUUUGCGCGGCACGACGUCCGGGACCAGUCCAACCCCUUGUUGAGUCUAAUAUCGCCGGUGGCGGCCUUGAUGGAGUCGUGGAAAUCGCGUCCGGGGAUGCCGCAGGGCUCGCUGUCGGCCCGGGGCGACGGAUACCCGGGUCAGAACUGUAUCAGUGACGGCAUGGUCAGCUCGCCGCUCAGGCAACCUUCCUCGACGGCCAAGGUGUGCCUAGUGUGCGGGGACGAAGCGUCGGGCUGCCAUUACGGCGUGGUGACGUGUGGCAGCUGCAAGGUCUUCUUCAAAAGAGCUGUAGAAGGCCAGCACAACUACCUUUGCGCUGGUAGGAACGACUGCAUCAUCGACAAGAUCCGACGGAAAAACUGCCCGGCGUGCCGCGUGCGCAAGUGCCUCCAGGCCGGGAUGAACCUCGGAGCUCGUAAAUCCAAGAAGUUGGGCAAGUUAAAGGGCAUCGGCGACGACCUGCAGUCAACCAAGGAAAGCCAGCCGGCGGCCGGCGUGGACUUCCUGUCGUCCGAGAAGGAGCUUAACGCCAACGCCGCCAGCGUUGCCUUGAUGCCCCGCGGGGCCAGUGUGGUCACACCUUUCCUGCCACCGUCCAUCUGCAGCGUGCUGGAACUCAUCGAGCCCGAAGAGGUGUACUCGGGCUUCGAUAACACGCAGCCCGACACCACCGACCACCUGCUGUCCAGCCUGAACUGCCUGGCCGGCAAGCAGAUGGUGCGCAUGGUCAAGUGGGCCAAAGUACUUCCAGGUUUUCGAGGCCUGCCCAUCGAGGACCAAAUUACAUUGAUCCAGUACUCGUGGAUGUGCCUGUCCUCGUUUUGUCUCGGCUGGCGCUCCUACAAACACAACAACGGACAGCUGCUCUACUUCGCCCCUGACCUCAUCUUCAACGAGGACCGGAUGCAGAAGUCUGCCAUGUACAGCCUGUGCCUGGGCAUGAGGCAGGUGAGCCAAGAGUUUGUUCGGCUGCAGCUCACCUACAACGAGUUCCUCUCCAUGAAAGUCCUGCUGCUUCUCAGCACAAUUCCCAAAGAGGGUCUGAAGAACCAGGCGGCGUUCGAGGAAAUGCGAGUUAAUUACAUCAAGGAGCUCCGGCGCUCCGUAGGGAAGGCAACCAACAACUCAGGCCAGACCUGGCAGCGCUUCUUCCAGCUCACCAAGCUACUGGACGCCAUGCAUGGUCUCGUGGCCAACCUGCUGGAUUUCUGCUUCUACACCUUCCGCGAGUCGCGGGCCCUGAAGGUGGCGUUCCCCGACAUGCUGGUGGAGAUCAUCAGCGACCAGAUACCAAAGGUGGAGUCGGGACUCACCCAUACAAUCUACUUCCACAAGAAGUGACGGGGGGCCCCCCACCUCAAAAAAUGUAAAAGUCAAAUCGAAAAACAUUCAGAAAUGCUUGGCCGAGAACUUUGGAGAAACGGCAAGGGCGGAAAACGUCGCGAGCAGUCGUCGUGCGCCAUCCGGACGUGAUGGAGGAAAACAAAAGACCGGGAUUGUCGGAUCGGAGUCGGGAAUAUAUCCCUCUGCCAUGCCCCCCCCCCCUCCAUAACCCCUCUUGUGCACCCCAAAGACGCUUACCGAUCUUUUCAACGGAGAUAAAGCCAUACAUUUCCUAGGAUGUGCUAGUGCUACGUUCACACUAACACACCCCACGACACAGAUGCACUAAAGAAAAAAAAAUCCCUAACAAAAAUAUCACUCAAAUUAACUGUGGCUUAUAUGCAGUCUCUCACAUACAUAAAUCAAUAUAUGGUAUACAUGCCAAGAGCUAGACAUUUGCUUUGCAGCGUAUCUACAGCAGGACUACAGGGCAGACAACAAAAUACAUGUAUCAUGAAAAAAGAAACAAACACCACGCUUGACUAUAAGGCCAAAGGUCUAGUUAAAUAUAUUCCAAGGGCUACAUGUAUGAAUAACGGAUGUACAUGCUUCACCAUGAGCUCACUUUCAAAUUCAAUUGGUGUUAUCGAAGUCCAAAAUGAUUCGUACCCGAGUGAAUUUUUUACGUGUCGAAUAUGCAGGAGACAACACAAGAAAGUGGGGAAAAUAACUGGAGAGUGAUUUGACAAUUUAAGUGGGGUUUUUUUGGUGUUAAAAAUGUUUUGGUGAGAUGAAAAAAAGAUAAAUUAUCACAAGAGAUUUUUUUUUAAUUUAUGAGAAAAAGUUGUAAAUGCAGAACAGAAAAAAGUUCAAAAUUACUUUAAAAAGAGCUAGUAUUUUUACAAAAUAUUUUUAAUGAGAAAGAAAAACAGACAGCCGUGAAGUUCAAAAAUACUGAAUUUCAAGUUCAAAAAGGACUUUUAUGAGGAAAAAAAGCUAAACUUGAAAUAAAGCUACUUAUGAAAAGAAUUCAAGAAUGCUGAAAAAAUCAGUUUGAGAAAAAAAUCUUUCAUAUAAAAACAUUUCUAAACUUUACAUAAAAAAAUAAAUUGUAAUUUUUAUCUAAACAUUUUAAUCACAAAAAGUUAUAUGAAUCUUCAUUAAUGAGUAAAAAACAAGACAACAUUUUUGUUUGACAAAAAUCUUGAUUAUCUUCAUGCAUACUGUAACAAAAACAAUUAUAAAUUUAAGGGAAAAAAAAUCAAAACAAUUUUUGAGGGGGGAAUCUGAAUUUAAUGUGAAAAAAAUCUCGAACAUGUAAAAAAUACAGGAUGAUUGAUUUCCCGAGGAAAAAAAUCUAAAUUUUAAAAAAAAGUGAUAAUCUUCAUAAAAUAUUCUAUAACUUGAGAACAGCUGUUUUUUUGUUGUUUUUUUUUUUACCAGAACCUGAUAAUUAAAAGAGAAUAAAGUUUGAAUACUGUUUAAAUUUCAGCCCUCAAAAAUUUCUUGUGACAUACUAUCUCGCUAAUAAUGUAGCUAUCUAUCGACGUUACAAAAUAGGAGAUGAAAAACAUGAGUCGUUAUUUUAAUGACUUGAAAAAGAACCCGCCAGGCGAAUAAAAACUGCCACAAGACUAAAACGGCCACAACUUUACAAAUUGAAAUGCAUUCUUGUCACUUUCUUGUCCCCUUUCCAGCCUCACUCAUUCACUUCAAACGUCAAAUCUUUCUGGCAAGGGGCAUGAAUUAUUUUGGACUUCACAAUACUUUUUUUUUUCGUGCAGCAAAACAAUCCAAAGUCAUAUGCAAAAGGUUAAUGGAGUCACUCGAGAGGUUGUACAAUCAAGACAAUAAUGUUGAGUGAUUCAGUUUGUAAAAACAAAACAACAACUACAAAAUGCCGCUAAUGCGUUGUUGGCCGGCUGGGUGGUAAUGGCGGCCGGCCGUUUGUGUUAUCUCCAGAGCAGCUGUCGAGUUCACGUCUAUUUUGACUCGCAAGCAAAGCCAGCCAGCCAGCCAGCCCUUUGUGACCUGACUCUUCCCACAAAUAAAGCAUUUUUAUAAGA